UCAAUAGGUCCGCACGCCCUCCUGUAUUAACUGUGAAUUACAAUGCGGCCGACGCGUGCGGGCUUCCGUAACUCAGCCGAACGCGUUUGGGAAAUAAAAAAAUCGGCGUUGAGAUUUGGAGCGCGAAAGCUUAAAAUUUAAUUCUUAAAGGUAAACAAUGCCGCCAGCUACGGGAGUCGAUGAAAUGUACAUCGACAACAUCGACGAGUUCAUUGAAGACGAGAGCAGAAUCGUCACAUACAAAUGGCUGAGCCUCACUCUGCAGGUGCAUGUGAACACUGCAAAAAAAAUGCUGUGGGAGUUUGUGCGGCGCGCCAGAGAGGAGAAGCCCAAGGUUGCGCUGCACGUCACGUACCUUGUGUCGGGCGUCUCCACGCUGGACGGGCUGCCUUGUCACAAAGUAUCUGUGGUGAGAGAAGAAGAGCUGGAAAGCGCCAAGGCCCAGCUCUCCCUGCUCGCGAGCGUGCACGUGUACAGCGUGCAGCGAGCCCGCCUGCUCGACAGCGGCGUGCUCUACAUGGCCGACUAUGACAUCAUCCGCGACAACCUGCACCAGUCCAGCAGGUUUAGCAGCAUUCAGUACUCGCGGGGUGUCGCGCGGAGCACGGAGGAGAUGCAGGCCCUGCGAUCUCAGGCGACCUCCACCCAGGAGCCGGCUGACCCUCUCGACGGCCCCCUAGCUGCCCCGGCCGCACCCCCUGCCGCACCCCCUGCUGCCACCAACGGUCAAUGCGCCCCUAAAGCCGCCCCGCGUGCUGCUGCACCCAAGGGCAUCAUGGGAAUGUUUGCUGGGAAGGGGGGUGGCAGCAAGGAAGUCAAGAAGGAAUCUCCUGCCCCAGAGCCGGUCAAGGAGAAGCCUGCAGCAGCCUCUAGUAAAGCUCCGGUGAAGGUCAGCAUAUUUGCGUCGGCAGCGAAAGCUAAACCCAAGGAAGAAAUCAAGACUGAGGUUAAGGCAUGUGUUUCAACGGAGGAGGCAAAACAGGCGAAGGUUGAUGACACACGUGGAAACAGCAGUGGGAGAGUCAAACGGCCAAAGGUGUCGGACAGCGAAGACGAGGAAGAAAAGAAGGUGGUGGCGGCCGUGGAGUCAAAGCAUGCCGGCAAGAAGGGAACGGGGAAUGCUGGGAAGAGGGCGGCUGUACGUGACGGCAAGAAGAGGGGCGCAUCGCCAGAGGCCAAAAAGCGCAAGAGAAUCCGACAGCCUGUGUCAGACAGCAGCAGCAGCAGCGGCGAUGACGACGAUGAUGAUAAAGAUGAAGAGCAGGAAGCCCCUUCCCCGCCAACCAUUGGAACUCCGCCUUUGCCUGAAGUGACUGAGCAUCAACAAGACAAGAUCGGUUCAGAAAAAACAGGGGAGGCCAACAAGUCCGGUGCGCGAAGGAAACGGCGUCGUGUUCUCAAAUCCAAGACCUUCUUGGAUGACGAGGGAUCGAUGGUGACUGAGAAAGAUUGGGUGAGUGAGUCAUGUACAGACAGUGAGGGUGAAUUCCAACCAGCUACCAAGAAAGCACCAACAGUACCGGUUCCUCAGAAGGCUGCUCAAAAGACGGAAGGCGGGAAGGGGAAAGACAAAAAGACUUCUCAACAGAGCAAACUCGGAAAGCAAACAUCCAUCAUGGGCUUCUUCCAGAAGAAGUAACGUGCAGUGGAAUGGAUACUUCAUGCGAGUAGCGAUGGAAAUGGUGAGCGUGCGAGGCUGUGUGAGGACUGGGUGAGGCUGGGUGAGUGACUGAGGCUGGGUGAGGCUGGUUGAGGCUGGGUGAGUGACUGAGUGCCUGCGAAGAAGCUGUGUGUGGUUGGGUGAGGCUGUGUGUGGCCGUGUGUUAGGCUGUAUAUGGCUGUGUGAGUGACUUGAGAGGCUGCCUGAGGCCGUGUGUGAGGCUGUGUAAGGCUGGGUGAAGUUGGGUGAGUGACUGAGAGAGGGUGGAUGAGAUCGUGUGUGCCAGAUGAGGCUAGGUGAAGUCCGCGUGAGACGAUGUGAGGGCGUUUAGGAGGCUGUGUAAGACUGAGCGGGAAAGUGUGUGGAGACCGUCACAUACUGUUCAUUUUUAAGACUUGGCAAUGCAUAUGUCAUCAGCUGUGCUGCCAUUCACAUUAUCUUGUUUGUGUGUAAAUAAAAAGGAAGUGAUGAUGGCAACUGACGUGUAACGGUUUAUCCUACUUGAUCUUGAUGGUUUGUGGGUGAAAACAUCAAAUAAGCUUCUUCCACACGCGUUGGUCCCACUCAAGUGGGUGUUCCGCUCUCCUUGCCAACCUUCUCCACGCUGCCCUGUCCUGCGCUAUCUCUGCUCCUCGGGACACCAUGUCCGAUCGAAUAAGCAGCUGCAUCUCAUUAUAUCUCUUUUUGCAAUUGUUGAUGUUGGAUUAAUUCUACUGUUGUGAUGCUCAUAAGCAUUUAUUUGGAGUCAACUAAACAUCGUACGGUUAUGUUUCUGCCGUGCAAAUAACCCCAUCACGCAUCGCAGUGUGAGAUGGAUUUAUAAUUAUUGUAGUCACAUGAGAGAACGCAAUACCGUGCCUGGUCUAACUCGCUUUGAAACUGUUGGAUUUGUGUUUCGCCAGACCAGGACAACUUGUUGUGUGUGGGCUUUGGGGCGCACUGAAUCCCCACCAGUUACAAAAUGAAUGUGUGAGAAGCUCCCAAAAGGAGUUCACAAGAUACCACCAAUCACUCUCUUUCCCUCUGUGAUUCAGCUUCCUUGACCUCAUUCAUCAUCAGCCAUGAUCAGUCCACUGCUGGAUGAAGGCCUCUCCAGGCUGUCACCACCCUUCACAAUCCAGCGAUGGAGCAAUCCGUCUUGCACCAGCUCAAGUGUUGAUUCUUACCGCCGGUUUCAUCGCUCUAUCUCUUCCCCGGAUGUCCGAUUUGGACUCCAUCACCAAAUUUUUAAAAUCCUCUUCACUCGCUGGCCCCUCCAAAUACUAAAAUUAUUUGAUGAAUCAUCCAGUCCACUCUCAAGAUCAAUAGAGUUAAGAUUAAGGAUAAGGAAAUUGCAUUUGUUGAGUGCUUAAAUUCCUUGAUAUGUCAAUGCGAUUGGAAGCAAUAUUAUAGCAUGGCACAGGGUAGACCUCUGAAGGGGAGGGGUGGUGGAUGGAAUGUGGAGGGUAUAAAACAAAGAUAAGAUUACACCCACCUCCUUAAUCUUGAUAGAUUUUUUACAAACCUUCAAAGAACCUCAUUUACACAUUACGCAGCCUGCAGCAACGUACCACAGCCGUAUGGAGAGAGCGGUUAGUCCAGCAACACGCUUGUAAGUGCUCUGAUGUGUUCUUGUGUUGUACUGCAAAGUGUUCGACUUUCCCGACGUUUCGUUUCAAGUGCUAGAGUUCAGUCGCCGAGCUAAACAGCGAAAACCUCUGUCGUGUUACCGGUUUCAUUCCUACAGCAUUCUGAUCAUUUCUGUGUGUAUAAUCCACAUGUCUUCCUAUGGAUGAUGCUCAUGACAUCAGUGGAGAAGAAAUGUUGCUUUGAAGGUUUGGGCCAUUUUAUUUUACAAGGCACAAUACGCUAAGGAAAUGCAUUGCAAAUGUGAGGUAGGUGCGUGUUAGACUGCUAGAUUGAGUCUGUAACUGAGGUUACUUAGCACACAACCAUUCUAAGCAGGACCCUUCUAAAUAAGUCUUGAGCUUCGGUGAAGCCAGAACUAAAGUUAUAUUUGUAUUUUAUUUAGUACUUUCUCUCCUUAAAGUCAAGAGAAUGAUGUACACCACGUUGUACGCUUUGAAACUCAAAUGUCGUGAAUGAUGGUUUGAAGUCCCUGUGGUUGGGCAUCGUUAUGAAGAGAACACUGAAUAUUGGUGACCCGCUAACAGGAAAACACACCUGCGAUGUCCUUUCUGUUUUGCUGCACCGUGUGGUUAAAACACGAGAGGUCAAAAAUGUCGCAAGAUCGAGCAAACGCUGUGUGUAGAUUAAAAUAGUUGAUCUUAAGCAGUGAGCCUUUCGAGCGAGCGAGUAACAGAGAAAUAUUGUGUUUAUUCGGGAGGCUGGACGUUGCAGACAAUUUCGAUGCUAGGCUGCGAUCCGUCAUAGUCGCGUGUGUUUUCGUUACCGAUAAUAAACGCCUCCGUUUACUAAAGAAGAGAGCCAGCUUUUUUGUU